CUGGUUGGUGGUUCUCACUGCUCUGGGAGAGUGGAGGUGCUCCAUAGAGAGACCUGGUCCACAGUGUGUGAUGCUGGAUUUGACCAGCAGGAUGCAGAGGUUGUGUGUCGAGAGCUGGGCUGUGGGGUUCCUGUGGAGGUGCUGGAAGCAUCUGCUUUUGGCAGAGGGGAGGGUCAGGUGUGGUCAGAGGAGCUUCAUUGUAGAGGCAAUGAAUCUCAGAUUUACUUCUGUCCAACAUCAUCACUCAAACAUAACUGCUCCCAUGACAGUGAUGUGGCUCUCAUUUGUGCUGGUAAGAGCCAUAGAUUUUCCUCCCUCCCUACCUCUUAUUCCUCCCCCUGUUGUACAGAAAGUGUGAGGUUGGUGGAUGGUGGCAGUCGCUGUGCUGGGAGAGUGGAGGUUCUUCAUAGAGGACAGUGGGGAACAGUGUGUCAUAAUGACUGGGAUAAGAGAGAUGCUACAGUGGUGUGUAGAGAGCUGCGCUGUGGAGAGGCUGUAGAUGCAUUGAGUAAAGCUCACUUUGGAACAGGAUCAGGACAAAUCUGGAUGAAUGAUGUGACCUGUAGUGGAUCAGAAUUAUCUCUGAAGAACUGUAUAACAGAGGGAUGGGGCAAACAUAACUGUGAUCAUGGAAGUGAUGCUGCAGUCAUCUGCUCAGGUCACAGAAAGUCCAAACUCACUGAUGGUUUUCACCGCUGCUCUGGGAGAGUGGAAGUGCUUAAUGUGAAGACCUGGUCCACAGUGUGUGAUGUUGGCUUUGACCAGCAGGAUGCAGAGGUUGUGUGUCGAGAGCUGGGCUGUGGGCUUCCUGUGGAGGUGCUGGGGGGAGCUGCAUUUGGCAGAGGGGAGGGUCAGGUGUGGACAGAGGAGCUUCAGUGUAGAGGCAACGAAUCUCAGAUUUACUUCUGUCCAACAUCAUCUUCACUCAAACACAAUUGCACCCAUGACAGUGAUGUUGGACUGGUGUGUGCAGGUCACACAGGGGCUCGGCUGAUGAAUGGUUUGGACUCCUGUUCUGGUCGAGUAGAGCUCCAGUACCUCAGUGAAUGGGGCACAGUGUGUGAUGUAAGCUGGGAUAUGAGAGCUGCCAGUGUCCUCUGUGGUCAGCUGAAGUGUGGGAGUGCUGUGGCUGUUUUGGGGUCAGACUGGUUUGGGGAGGGGAGUGGCCAGAUCUGGGCUGAUGUGUUUGAUUGUCAGGGGAAUGAAACCCACCUGUCAAAAUGUCCCAUUUCAUCAUGGAGUCGAACUGCAUGCUCUCAUAAACAGGAUGCUGGAGUCAUCUGCAGUGGUUCCUCUCUGGCGUUUCAUGAGGGGCGAGUGCGGCUGUCUGGAGGGAUGGAGUGUGAGGGGGAGGUGGAGGUGUACUUCAGGCAGGACUGGAGGACAGUACUGCUGGACUCCUGGAGUGAGUCUGAGGCCUCUGUGGUCUGCAGACAGCUGGGCUGUGGCUCUGUGUUCAGCUUCUCCAGCUCCUCUCCAUCCAGUCCUGAACACAGACACAUGUGUGUGAUGGGUUUCAAUUGUUCUGGGAGUGAAGCUCAUCUGGGGAACUGCAGCAGCGCACAAGCAGUCAACUGCAGCUCCAGAGAACAGCUCUCAGUCACCUGCUCUGGUAAGUUUAAUUCAGCUCACAGCUCCAUCAGGCUGGUUGGUUCUGGGGGAGACUGUGCAGGAAGGCUGGAGGUUUUCCACAGCGGUUCAUGGGGGACAGUGUGUGAUGACGUGUGGGAUAUUGAGGAUGCGCAGGUGGUGUGCAGACAGCUGCAGUGUGGAGUGGCCCUCAGUUCUCCAGUACCAGCCUGGUUUGGACUCGGAACUGGACCCAUAUGGCUGAACGCAUUGGAGUGUGAGGGGAACGAGACGUCCCUGUGGAACUGCAGAUUUCAGCUGUGUGGAGAGGAUGAAUGUGGACACAUGGAGGACGUAGGAGUUGUGUGCUCAGAGUUUAAAGAGAUCAGACUCACUGAGGGCUGUGAGGGGAACCUGGAAGUGUUCUACAAUGGGUCCUGGGGUAAUGUGUGUGAAAAUGGAAUGACUGAAGAAACAGCUAAUGUGAUCUGUCAGGAGCUGAACUGUGGAAGAUUGGAGAGUCAGAGGGCUUCCAAAGCAAGAGUGAAAUCAGUUCCUAACUGGCUGGAUGAUCUGAAAUGUAGGAGUCAUGACUCCAGUCUGUGGCAUUGUCCAUCUUCACCCUGGGGACAGAACAACUGUGAUAAUCGCAACGAGGUAGCUCACAUUAAAUGCUCAGAUGAGGGAAAUUUUGAGCAGAGAUGGCAUCUGAAAUGCUCCUCAUCAUCUCCUCGUCAGAGACACUGCACAGAGCACUUGCAUCUCAGGCUGAGAGGAGGAAAUGGAAGCUGCUCUGGGAGGCUGGAGGUGAAUCAUAAUGCUGUGUGGGGGUCCGUCUGUGAUGAUCAGUGGGACAUCAGGGAUGCUCAGGUGGUCUGUAGGCAGCUGGGCUGUGGGCCGGCACUGAGUGCUGAUGGGAGUGAUGUCUUUGGUGCUGGUGAAGGGCCUAUCUGGCUGAACAGAGUGAAGUGUAGAGGGAAUGAGAUUCACCUGUGGGACUGUCCUCAUUCCCUGAAGAACCACACUGACUGCUCCCACAGGCAGGACGCCGGAGUCAUCUGUGCAGACAUAUCUAUGCCUUCUACUACUACACCCAUAAUUAAAACCACCACCUCCACCACCACAGUUGGUCAGCCAGUUAAGAGGAAAAUCCCUCCUCCACAAACUCCUCCUCCACCUGUUCCGCCCAUCUAUCCAGUGUCUCUCCUGGUUCUGGGAGCGGUGCUCUUUCUGGCCUUAGUGCUUCUGGUUGUGCUGUUUUACCAGAACAGAGUGCUCAGGAGAGUGCUCUCUAAGAGGAGACAUAAGACUCUGACUGAGGCAGUCUAUGAGGAGAUUGACCGUAGAUACAUCACUAAAAGAAAUGACUCAACUCAUAGGGGAAGUAUCCUCUCUGAAGAACAGCAUUCAGGAUAUGAGGAUGUGGAUGAGGAGCUUCUCUCAGGAAGUAUCAUCUCUGAAGCACAGAAUUCAGGAUAUGAGGAUGUGGAUGAGGAGCUCCAUUUGGGUGAAUCAGCAAAAGAGGACACAGCAGAGAGCUAUGAUGAUGUCAUCUCUGCUGGACAGAUCUCUGAUAGUGUAGCAGAGGGCUUAGCAGAGAUUUAUGAUGAUGCCACCACUGCUGAUCAGAGCUCAGCUGUUGAAACAGAAUACUUGGCAGAUGUCUAUGAUGAUGCUGUUACCACUGGACCAAACUCCAGCAUUAUGAAAAUGGACACUCGAGAGAGCAAUGAGGAUGUCUUCAGUAAUGAACAGGAUGAAGGGCUAAAAGGUCAGAGGGAGAUGGACAGCUGUGUGGCUCUCAUUCUUCUGUCCUCCACAAUCACACUCACCACAGCUGGAGUCAGGCUGGUUGGUGGUUCUCGCUGCUCUGGGAGAGUGGAGGUGCUUCAUGGAGAGACCUGGUCCACAGUGUGUGACUUUGACCAGCAGGAUGCAGAGGUUGUGUGUCGAGAGCUGGGCUGUGGGCUUCCUGUGGAGGUGCUGGGAGCAGCUGCUUUUGGCAGAGGGGAGGGUCCGGUGUGGUUAGAGGAGCUUCAGUGUAGAGGCAACGAAUCUCAGAUUCACUUCUGUCCAACAUUGUCUUCACCCGAAGACAGCUGCUCCCAUGACAAUGAUGUGGGUCUGGUUUGUGCUGGUAAGAGCUGCACCUUUUCCUAUUAUGUGAGGUUGGUGGAUGGUGGCAGUCGCUGUGCUGGGAGAGUGGAGGUUCUUCAUAGAGGACAGUGGGGAACAGUGUGUGAUGAUGGCUGGGAUAUGAGAGAUGCUGCAGUGGUGUGUAGAGAGCUGGGCUGUGGAGAGGCUGUAGAUGCACCGAGUGAUGCUCACCUUGGAUCAGAAUCAGGACCAAUCUGGAUGAGUAAUGUUCACUGUAUUGGAUCAGAGUCUACACUGAAGAACUGUAAAUCAUCAGGAUGGGGUAAACAUAACUGUGUUCACAACCGACAUGCUGGAGUCGUCUGCUCUGGUAAGUUACAGUUAGUCAUCAUAUUCAUGAUUUUCAGGCUGGUUGGUGGUUCUCACUGCUCUGGGAGAGUGGAGGUGCUUCAUGGAGAGACCUGGUCCACAGUGUGUGAUGCUGGAUUUGACCAGCAGGAUGCAGAGGUUGUGUGUCGAGAGCUGGGCUGUGGGCUUCCUGUGGAGGUGCUGGGAGCAGCUGCUUUUGGCAGAGGGGAGGGUCAGGUGUGGCCAGAGGAGCUUCAGUGUAGAGGCAACGAAUCUCAGAUUCACUUCUGCCCAACAUCUUCAUUCAAACACAACUGCUCCCAUGACAAUAAUGUGGCUCUGGUCUGUGCUGGUAAGACCCAUAGAUUUUCCUCUCUCCCUACCUCUUAUUCCUCCCCCUGUUGUAAAGAAAGUGUGAGGUUGGUGGAUGGUGGCAGUCACUGUGCUGGGAGAGUGGAGGUUCUUCAUAGAGGACAGUGGGGAACAGUGUGUCAUGAUGAGUGGGAUAAGAGAGAUGCUGCAGUGGUGUGUAGAGAGCUGGGCUGUGGAGACGCUGUAGAUGCACUGAGUAAAGCUCACUUUGAACCAGGAUCAGGACCAAUCUGGAUGGAUGAUGUGACCUGUACUGGAUCAGAAUUAUCUCUGAAGAACUGUAUAACAGAGGGAUGGGGCAAACAUAACUGUGAUCAUGGACGUGAUGUUGCAGUCAUCUGCUCAGGUCACAGAAAGUCCAAACUCACUGAUGGUUUUCACCUCUGCUCUGGGAGAGUGGAAGUGCUUAACGUGAAGACCUGGUCCACAGUGUGUGAUGUUGGCUUUGACCAGCAGGAUGCAGAGGUUGUGUGUCGAGAGCUGGGCUGUGGGCUUCCUGUGGAGGUGCUGGGGGGAGCUGCAUUUGGCAGAGGAGAGGGUCAAGUGUGGUCAGAGGAGCUUCAGUGUAGAGGCAAAGAAUCUCAGAUUUACUUCUGUCCAACAUCACCACUCAAGCACAACUGCUCCCAUGACAGUGAUGUGGGUCUGGUGUGUGCAGGUAAAGUAUUAAUAUUUUUAAAAACAUUGAACAAUUUGCUGAAUUGCCUUAAUCCUUGCUCUUUCCUUUAAUGUGAUGUUCAUUCAGGUCACACAGGGGCUCGGCUGAUGAAUGGUUUGGACUCCUGUUCUGGUCGAGUGGAGCUCCAGUACCUCAGUGAGUGGGGCACAGUGUGUGAUGUAAGCUGGGAUAUGAGAGCUGCCAGUGUCUUCUGUGGUCAGCUGAAAUGUGGGAGUGCUGUGGCUGUGUUGGGGUCAGACUGGUUUGGGGAGGGGAGUGGCCAGAUCUGGGCUGAUGUGUUUGAUUGUCAGGGGAACGAAACACACCUGUCAAAAUGUCCCAUUUCAUCAUGGAGUCGGACUGCAUGCUCUCAUAAACAGGAUGCUGGAGUCAUCUGCAGUGGCUCCUCUCUGGCGUUUCAUGAGGGGCGAGUGCAGUUGUCUGGAGGGAUGGAGUGUGAGGGGGAGGUGGAGGUGUACUUCAUGCAGGACUGGGGGAGAGUUCUGCCGGACUCCUGGAGUGAGUCUGAGGCCUCUGUGGUCUGCAGACAGCUGGGCUGUGGCUCUGUGUUGAACUUCUCCAGCUCCUCUCCAUCCAGUCCUAAACACAGACACAUGUGUGUGAAGGGUUUCAAUUGUUCUGGGAGUGAAGCUCAUCUGGGGAACUGCGGCAGUGCACAAGCGGUCAACUGCAGCUCCAGAGAACAGCUCUCAAUCACCUGCUCUGGUAAGUUUAAUUCAGCUCACAGCUCCAUCAGGCUGGUUGGUUCUGGGGGAGACUGUGCAGGAAGGCUGGAGGUUUUCCACAGCGGCUCAUGGGGGACAGUGAGUGAUGACUUGUGGGAUAUUAAGGAUGCGCAGGUGGUGUGCAGACAGCUGCAGUGUGGAGUGGCCCUCAGUGCUCCUGUACCAACCCAGUUUGGACCUGGAACUGGACCCAUAUGGCUGAAUGAGGUGGAGUGUGAGGGGAACGAGACGUCCCUGUGGAACUGCAGAUUUCAGCUGUGUGGAGAGGAUGAAUGUGGACACAAGGACGAUGUAGGAGUUGUGUGCUCAGAGUUUAAAGAGAUCAGACUCACUGAGGGCUGUGAGGGGAACCUGGAAGUGUUCUACAAUGGGUCCUGGGGUAAUGUGUGUGAAAAUGGAAUGACUGAAGAAACAGCUAAUGUGAUCUGUCAAGAGCUGAACUGUGGAAGAUCUGACAGUUUGAGGGCUUCCAAAGCAAGAAUGAAAUCAGUUCCUAACUGGCUGGAUGAUCUGAAAUGUAGGAGUCAUGACUCCAGUCUGUGGCAUUGUCCAUCUUCACCCUGGGGACAGAACAACUGUGAUAAUCGCAACGAGGUAGCUCACAUUAAAUGCUCAGAUGAGGGAAAUUUUGAGCAGAGACGGCGUCUGAAGUGCUCCUCAUCAUCUCCUCAUCAGAGACACUGCACAGUGUAUGACAAAGAAUCACUGGCAUCUCAGGCUGAGAGGAACUGA